UUCUUUUUCAAAAAUGGGUGGAGGACACCCCCUUUUGUAGGUGCCGUUUUGUAGGGAGUGUUGGGAAGGAUGCAUUUAUAAACCAUCUGCGGUGGAUUCUUUUGGUUGCCCUGGAGGCUGCUGGUCUGUGAAUGGAGCCGCUGGACACGAGCUCUGUCUGUAGUUCCCAGGUCGCUCCUCGACGUGCCCACUUCUCUGGGUCCGUCCAGGUUCAGAACUCAGUGUGUCGUGGGUAGCUCUUCAUGGGACAGCAUUUCAGCUGUAUUUCCAGGCCCGCAGAGUGGAUCAUUCCAGAAUUGAUUGGCCACACCAUUGUCACGUUAUUAAUGCUCGUUUCAUUGCACUGGUUCAUCUUCCUUCUCAACUUGCCUGUUGCCACUUGGAAUAUAUAUCGGUUCAUUAUGGUGCCAAGUGGUAACAUGGGAGUGUUUGACCCAACAGAAAUCCACAAUCGAGGGCAGCUGAAGUCACACAUGAAAGAAGCCAUGAUCAAGCUUGGUUUCCACCUGCUCUGUUUCUUCAUGUAUCUUUACAGUAUGAUCUUAGCGUUGAUAAAUGACUGAAGCUGGAGCAGCCGUGGUGGGAGUCAGCUACACUACAGUGCGCAGUCGAGGAGCCAGAGAUGCUUACAUCAUCCUUAGGACCGUAACCAUAGCAGUAUAUUUUUUCCUCUUUGAACAAAAAAAUAUUUUUGCUGUAUUUUUACCAUAUAAACUAUUUAAAAAACAUGAA